CGCUCUCAUUCUUCUCUCUGAUCGUAUGCUCAAUCAACUCAGUGCGCUUGCGUAGAAAACGGGUCCGUCCCGUCUAACAAUAUUGUGUUGGAUGCUAUUCCUAUCGUGUUCUUUUUGCAGUUAUCAAUAAAUCAUCACCACGUCUUUCCAAUUUUCACCUUUUGGAAAUAAUAUGGUGCGAGGAGGUCGUGGAGGAAUGAUCAGAGGUGGUCGGGGUGGCAUGGGACGUGGAAUGGGAUUCCCAAGAAAGCAAUUCUUACCUCGCCACCCAUUUGAUUACACACUAUGCGAAGCUGCUUUCCCACGUGUUAAGCCUGUUCCGGAUGAGUCAGACUUUCAAACAGCUCUCUUAAAGAAAAAUACUGAUAUGUGUCCUACGCCGAAAGAACAAACUUCAAUUUUGAAUCUUGUGACCAAGUUACAAAGUGUACUUGACAAUCUGAUUGUCGCACCUGGAACUUUUGAGGCUUGCCAAUUAGAAGAAGUAAGACAAGUUGGUAGUUUCAAAAAGGGAACAAUGAUAAAAGGUCACAAUAUCGCUGAUAUCGUCGUUAUUCUUAAAACUCUACCGACUAAAACGGCAGUGGAGGCUCUCGGAAACAAGGUCAACAAUGAUUUGAAAACUGUAAAUCCUAAGGAGAUAUUUAGAGUAAUUCAAACGGAGCAUGGAUUCGAUAUUGCUAAUAAUGAAGCUACUGUGCGUGUAUUAAUAACCACGCUGCAUCAAAACCUACGCAAGCUAGAGUCUGAUCAACACUUGGACGUUAAAAUUUGCCAAGGACAUCUUGCCGCUAUCAGACAUUCUCGUUGGUUUGAAGAGAACGCCCAUCAUUCUAGCAUCAAAGUUCUAAUUCGACUACUUCGCGAUCUUAGAAGCAGAUAUGAGGGCUUGGAGCCGUUAUCCCCAUGGAUGCUGGAUCUAUUGGCACAUAAUGCUAUAAUGAACAAUCCCAGCAGACAAGCGUUGCCAAUAAACCAGGCAUACAAGAGAGUACUGCAGUUACUCGCUUCCGGAUUGUUCCUUCCAGGAUCCGCAGGAAUUUCGGAUCCGUGCGAAGGUGGCAAUAUACGUGUGCACACCGCUAUGACGUUGGAACAACAAGAUCUCGUGUGUCUCACCGCGCAGACCUUGCUACGUGUGUUAGCUCAUGGAGGUUAUAGACCAUUGUUGGAAGGUUCUAAUAAAUUAGCGGUGGAAAUGAGCGUAUGGGCGGGUGGUGUUGUAGCAAGUCCAUUGGACAAAGCAUACGAGCCACCUACGGAGCAAGAGCAGCAAGAAGAUAUGGAUGAAAGUAACGAGGAGAUGAUUACUGAGAGCGUGUAGAUUUACGAACCGACGCAUUUCUUGUGAAAAGUAAGAGGAAAUUUUCCUGUUUUUCAUAACGGGGUAUUAUUCUCCAGCUAUUUCUUGAAAAUAUAUAAUGUAUUGAAUAUUUGCACAUAAGAUUUAAUGGGAAACAAGUUGCCGUGGCUAAUUUGGUACUAGAUAUUUGCAUGCUGUUGAUGUUGACACAGUAUAUAAUUCGAAUGUGAAAUUAAAGAUGCGUCGUACAUGAUAUUUAAAACUUGCUAUAUGUUAGUAAUAAAUCUUGCAUAUUCGUAAA